AUGACGCAAGACUGGUGCAGGACCCAUUUUCCAGAUUUAAUCUCCUCGGCGGAAUGGCCGCCCUACUCGCCGGACCUCAGUUCAAUGGAUUACAGCGUGUGGUCAAUUUUAGAGGCUAAGGUCUGUGCUAAGCCCCACAAAAAUUUGGAGGCGUUGAAGCAAUCCUUGCGCCGGGAAUGGGCUCGAUUGUUGCCGGAGGACCUGUGGCCCAUCGCUGAAAAUUUCAGGGAAUAUAGUGUCACACGAUCUGGUAGAAAAGUGAAAUCUAUCAACUAUUAUGAAGAGAAAAGGGAAUAUAGUGCUUUUGCAAGCCCAAAACUUAGUGAUAAGUUUUCAAAACUACUAUCAUUAAAUGAUUCAGAUAGUGAUGAGAGUGAUUUUCACUCGAUCGACUCUUCUUCAUCAGAUGAUUCAAUCACCGACUCUGUGCCACUAGAUAAGAAAAAGUCCAGAUCAAGACAAAGUGUCAAGAGGCCUUCUUCUGUUAGGAAAAAAGACAGAAAUUUGAACAUACCUGAAAGAAAGACUCCUCUAAAAACUCCUCAAAAUGUUCUGGAAGAAUCUCGUCAGAGGCUUCACGUAUCUGCUGUGCCAAAGUCUUUGCCCUGUCGGGAAGAAGAAUACUCUGAUAUUUAUACAUUUGUUAAAGGAUGUUUGUGUGCUCAAACUGGAGGGUGCAUGUACAUAUCAGGUGUACCUGGAACUGGAAAAACUGCUACUGUUCAUGAAGUGGUGAGAAAUCUUGAGGAAGAGAAAGAAACUGGAGAAAUUCCAGUGUUUUCAUUUGUAGAAGUCAAUGGGAUGUGGAUGACUGAUCCUUAUCAAUGUUAUGUACAUAUAUUUAAGUCUUUGACUGGGAAAACUAUUGCCCCACAGCAAGCAGCCAGUCUUCUUGAGAAACAUUUUACUGAACCAGGACCUAAAAAAGAUGCAGUUGUGCUACUUGUGGAUGAGUUAGAUCGCUUAUGGACCAGGAAGCAGACUGUUAUGUACAACAUUUUUGAUUGGCCAACAAAGAAGCAUUCUAAACUUAUAGUCCUUGCCAUAGCCAAUACCAUGGAUCUGCCUGAGCGUAUGAUGAUGAACCGUAUUGCUAGCAGAUUGGGGCUUACUAGAAAGACUUUUCAACCUUAUAACUUCAGGCAGCUUCAAGAAAUUAUAAUGACUCGUAUCCAAGAGCUGAAAGUAUUUGAUCCUGAUGCAGUGCAGUUAGUGGCUAGAAAAGUAGCUGCUGUAUCAGGAGAUGCUAGGAGAGCUUUAGAUAUUUGUAGAUUUGCCACAGAGGUAACCAAAGUUAAAGUUUCAAAAUCACCGAAGAAAGGUCAAAAAAGUCUUGUUGGAAUGCAAGAUGUUGAUAUUGCUUUGCAACAAAUGUUUUCCUCACCUCUUAUUUCUGCUAUAAAAUCAUCAUCUGUAAUGGCAAAGAUAUUUUUCCGGUGUAUUUUAUCAGAAUUCUCAAGGACUGGUUCAGAAGAAACAACGCUUUUGAAAGUUUAUCAGCAAAUGACUGCUACUUGUAGGUUUGAAGGUUUAACAGCCCCUACCUCUUCUGAAGUAUCCAGCAUCUGUGGCCAGCUUGCUGCAUCUCAUCUAAUUUUAGUGGACAAUUUUCGCAAUGAUCUUCACUUAAAAAUUCGUCUGAAUGUUAGUUCUGAUGAUGUUAAUUAUGCAUUAACAGGAAGAUGAUAAAGAAAAAUUUUAAAUAAUCAUCAAUAAAGUAUCCAGAAGAUACUUGUCCAACAUUUUUAGGAAUAACUUGAAGCAUAAUUUAUGAGCACUUGUUUUUAAACAUGAAACAUUUAUGAGCUUUUAAAACCAAAAUUGAGGUUAUAAAUUGCUAAUUGUCUAAACCUGAUGCUGGCCUCAAAGGUGUAUGGCAUUUAUGCAUGAAAGUUGUAC